AUGCCUGCAACUCUUAUAUUGGGUAGUGAUCGUCUAGCUUUUACAAUGGCUCGACUGUUAUGCUCUGCUGGCGAGAAAGUGUGCCUAUUGGGAAGUAAGCAAAAAACGAUAAUGAAAGAAAUUCUUCAAUCUGAUGUGGAAAGGGAUUGCCCAUUCCAAUUCGUUGAUGAUCUUAAGAAUCAGGAGCAUUUGCUUCAAAAGAGGCUAAGUAAUAUUCAAUUUUAUGAAAAAAUGGAAGAAAUUGGAAAAGAUCUCAAAGCAGUCGUUGUAACAAAUGAAAACGCACAUAAGCUGGAUAUUCACUCGUUUGGAUCGGUGCCAAUUGCAAAUUUCAAUUGGAAGAACCUCAGUACUUCGAACUUCAUAGAUGUGGAAGCUUACCCUCCUUUGGAAAUAACUAAAAUGGCGCAGAUUUUGGUCCAACCAACAACCGAUCCUGUAGCUCUGUCUUGCAUACGCGCCCUGUUCGAAAAAGCUGGUAUAACUGAAAUAACGCGGGAACAAGCGAACACAGCUGACGAAAUGUUACAAAAGUCGAUGAUUUCUACAGCUUUUAAUAAUAGCGAAGAAGGAUCUUUAUCUGGAAUGAACGAUGUCAUCUUCUCAUUAUUUCCACAACGUAAACCAAUUGAUCAUACCCAUUCAAUAAUGCACUGA